AUGUUCCUCUUUACAAGUAAAUCGACAUCACCACAAGAACAACCACCACUUCCAUGCCACAAGAUUUUACUUCUCGGAACUUUGGAGAGUGGAAAAAGUACCAUCUUUAAGCAGAUUCCUCUCAUCUUUGGAGAUGGUUUUUCCAUGGAAGCGAGGAGGAAUGUGAAACCAUGGAUAUUGAGCAGUGUCAUUGACAAUAUGAGAAUUCUCAUUCAAGGAAUGAAUGCUCUCAAUCUUUUCUUUUCCAACGAAGAGAAUCGACAACGUGAGAACAAGAUUUUAGAGUUGAACUAUUAUGAAUGUUGGACAAUAUAUGAGGUUUGGAAUGACCAAUUAGUUCAAGAUAUUUUCGAAUUGUUGAAAGAACCUGCCAUUGUUCAAGUUCUUUCAAAAAGAAAUGAAUUUCACAUUCAUGAUUCUGCAACUUACUUUUUUGAACAUUUACAUCGAAUUUCAAAGAAGGAUUAUGUUCCAUCUGAUGAAGAUAUAAUUCGUGUUAGAAUCAAGUCAACUGGUUUAGCCGAUCAGAAUUUUACUAUCAAUACUCAAUCGUUGUGCUUGAUGGAUGUGGGAGGAGCAAGAAAUGAAAGAAAAAAGUGGCAUCAUUCUAUCAAAGUGUGUGAACACAUCAUUUAUUGUUGUUCAUUGAGUGAAUUCGAUCAACUGUGUUAUGAAGACGAUAGUACAAAUCGGAUGAAAGAAAGUUUAUCUGCAUUUGAACAUGUCCUUACCAACUUGUUAACACCCACUCAACCACAUCAGGUGUAUUUAAUGUUUACAAAAUUGGACAUUUUUGAACACAAGAUUAAGAAUGGAUCUCGUUUAGCUGAUACUUUUGAGAAAUACAAAGGUCCAGAAAAAGAUCCAAUGGCAGCUUUAGAUUUCAUCACUGAAAUGUAUUUAGCAAAAGAUGUUCUCAAGAGAGUGAAAGAAGUUUUUUAUGUGAACGCUUUGGAUUCCAACAACGUCAAACAAACCAUUCAACAAAUUGCAAAGCAUGUUUGA